UUUAUUCAUUCAUUCUUUGAACGAUACAUUUUGUCAUUGUCAUAUUUAUUAUUCUAAAGAAAGGAGUUUAUUGAAAAUAUUUUCAUUUAAUUUCUCUGUGUCAAGUCGGGCGUUCUUACAAAGCAUAUAAGAUGAGUUUUGACCUAGCGAAUAGUGGCCAAGAAAGGGAAGAUCGGAAAUACUACGAUCGCAAUAAAGGAGACGAAAUGCAAAUAUCCAGAACAGAUAUGAAUAUGUUGAUAAUGAAUUAUUUGGUAACAGAGGGAUUCAAAGAGGCUGCUAUUAAAUUUCAACAAGAGGCUGGGCUACAGGAACCAGCUCUAUGCAGCUCAUUGGAUGAGAGAAUCAUGAUCCGUGAAGCUGUGCAAACUGGUCGCAUCCCUGAUGCUAUCGCAAUGGUGAACGCCCUGCACCCAGAAUUGUUGGAUAAUGACAGAUAUUUGUACUUCCACUUACAGCAAUUGCAACUUUUGGAGUUGAUUCGCGCGGGUCGGGCAGAAGAGGCUCUAGCGUUUGCCAGCGCGACGCUCGCAGAGGCCGGUGCGAAUGAUCCCAAUGCUCUUACAGAGCUGGAGCGGUCGUUGGCCCUGCUAGCCUUCCCUGACCCUCAUGCAUCACCCUUCGCAGACUUAUUACUACCAUCACAUAGUCAAAAGAUCGCAAGUGAGCUGAACGCGGCGAUACUUAAGAUGGAGAACCAAGAGUACACCAACCCGAAGCUGUGCAGCCUUCUCCGCAUGAUCCUGUGGUCACAGAGCGAGCUCGACAAACAUAACAUCAAGUACACCAAGAUCACUGACCUCGCCAACGCCACCAUAGAGAAGCCAAAGUUGUUUGGAGGGUUCCGACGAUUUUAGGCUUAGCCAGAGACCGUCAGCCGCUUCCACCGCUGGAGACCGCAACGGAAUAAACAGGAAUAUCAAACUGUAAGACAUAGUAAACUAGCAUUUUUAUCAAUCUUAACAUUAUAGAUGUUUUACGGGUCUGACGAAAAUAAAGUAAUAUUUAUGACGCUAGGUUACUCGUAAAAUUGUAUUUUAACUUUUAAUAGGGUGAGUUUAGAUAUAAAUAAAUAAAUAGAUCCUAAUUGUUUCCUAACUUUGUUAUGUGUGCGUAAACUGGAUUUAUUGCACAUCUUAACGUGUUUUUAUUUUCGCUGCAGAUUCCAUUUGAAACCAUUGUUUUAUCGUAGUAGAGCGCAAUUACUCCAUUUCAUUUGGCUGUAAAAGUUUUAACAUUGGACAAAUAAUUUCACAUCAAUUUGAAAAAAUCUCCAUAUUUAAGUAUUUUAUAUGUAAUAUUUAGCAAUUAAACAAAUAAUUAAGAAAUAUUAAA